AUGACAGAUAAAAUCAAUGACAAGUACAUACGUAAUUUUAUUGGAAUUAAAAAUGUAACAACAACAACAGACAACGAUGACGACAACGAUGACGACUACGGAGAAGACGAUGACAACGAGGACGAUGAUGACAAGGAAGACGAUGACGACAAUGAUGACGAUGAUGAUGAUAAGGAGGACGAUGAUCACAAGGAGGACGAUGACGACAGUGAUGAUGAUGAUGAUGAGGACGAUAAAGACUACAACAACGACAAGGACAACUACAACAACAACGAGAACAACGACGAUGAUCAAAACGACGAUGACUAUGACGACAACGACGAUGAAAACAAUGACGUCAAAGACGACGACGACGACAACAACGACAAUGACAAUGAUGACGACAACAAUGACGACGACGACAAUUACAACAACAAUGAUGACGAUGAAAACAACAACAACGACGACGACAAAUACAACAAAGACAACGAUGUCGACAACAAUGAUGACGACGGCAACAAUGAUAAUGAAAGUGACAACGGCAACGACAACGAUGACAACAACGAUGACGAUAAUGAUGGCGACGACAAUAACAACGACGACAACAACAACGAACAUGAAAAUAAUGACGAUGACGUCAACGACGACGACGAAGACAACGAAAAUGACUAA